AUGGUUGCAUAUGCAGACGACAUCAGCGCCAUCGUCAGUACCGCAAACCAGCUGAACGAAAUGCGGGCUUUGUUCAAGCGAUUCGAACGAGUCGCAGGCGCCCGCUUGAACGAAUCAAAAACGACAGCAAUUGAUGUGGGGUUCACGAGCCAAAGUGGAAAUUUCCAACCCGGGAGCAAACUGGAAACGCAUAUGGAAGAAUAUAUCCUCCCGUGCGCUUCUUCCCGAGCAACGCAGUAUAUUAUUCAUGUGGGUAAACCAAAAAGUCCCACACAGACGACUACUACACACUAUGAGGAGAACAGACGAUCCGUCUCGCCACCGACAUAUCUGUUGAACGUCGCAUUAGAGGGUUCAAGCUGCGACAGAAGAGCCUGCAACGCGAUCAAGCAAUUCGUAGAUGAGUAUGAUGAUGACGACAGUGAUGCAAAUGAAGCUCCUGUGCGCCUGGAGAGCCUGAUUAAGCUCUGGGCAGAUUUAAAUGCGGUCCAGAUGGAACUGGAGUCCAUCGACGAAGGAAAUCUGGACGAGCAACUGAAGCAGCGGACCGAGUAUGAAUCGGCAUACUAUCGGGUCAAAGGGUUUCUGCUGGCCAAGAAUAAAAGUUUUAACCCGAACGUCACUAAUACUCUCUCAACUAGUCGUAGCCCUCCAUCGGCAUCGCAGGUGCGUUUGCCCGACGUUAAACUCCCGGUUUUCAAUGGAAAUCUUGACACCUGGUUGAAUUUUCACGAUUUGUUCGUUUCAUUAGUGCAUUCGUCCGUCGAACUCUCAAAUAUCCAGAAGUUUUAUUAUCUCCGUUCGACAUUAUUGGGCGAUGCACUGAAACUCAUUCAAACGAUUCCAAUCAGCGCUAAUAAUUAUCCAGUCGCAUGGAAUUUACUCGUCGAUCACUUCCAAAACCCUGCGCGUUUAAAGCAGUCAUAUGUGGAUGCAUUGUUCGAGUUCCCUUCGAUAAAAAGAGAGUCUGCUGCGGAGUUGCAUUCGCUGGUGGAGAAAUUUGAGGCCAACGUCAAGGUCCUUCAGCAGUUAGGGGAGAAGGUCCAAUUCUGGGACAUUCUAUUGAUUCGGAUGCUGAAUAUUCGCCUCGACUCGACGACGAGAAGAGACUGGGAGGAAUUUUCGACUGCGAAGGAGGCCAUUUCUUUCAAGGACCUGAGGUCAUUCAUCCAGCGUAGGAUCACCGUGCUGCAGAAUAUCCAGAGCACUACGGUAAAUGUCCCUGUUUCCGGCCAAGUGAAAAAGCCAUCUCAACGACCAGUCGCUAGUCACAAUGCAGCCCCGUUCAACACAAGGAUCAUCUGCAACGAUCAUCAUCCCCUUUAUCAAUGCGCUACGUUUUCCAAGAUGGGUUCAGAAGACAAGGAGAAGGAAGUUCGUCGCAAUCAUCUCUGUCGGAACUGCUUACGGAAGGGUCAUCAAGCGAAGGACUGUUCGUCAACGAGUACCUGCCGCAAGUGUCGGGGCAAGCAUCAUACUCAGCUUUGUUCCAGUCAUCAACCAACUAGCUCAGGUCAGAAGACAGCCAACUACACAGAUGAGAAGUCCACCCCCGCUGCAUCUACCAGCAAUCCACCCACUGCAUCUGUUGGAGCCGAACACACAGCACGUGCGCUGCUAGAUUCCGGUAGCGAAUGCUGUUUCGUUACCGAAUCAUUCUCCCAGCGAAUCAAAGCGCAAAGGAAGAAGGUCCAUCUUCCGAUCGCUGGCAUUGGUCAAUCGUCGGCGCAUGCCAGGCACAAAUUAUUCUCCACGAUUCGCUCUCGCACAGGAAGGUAUUCGACCGAUUUGGAAUUCUUAGUUCUUCCCAAAAUUACUAUCGAUCUGCCGUCGACUUCCGUUGAUACUUCGGCCUGGGAGAUUCCGCCGAGUAUACAGCUAGCUGAUCCGUCAUUCUGCAGUACGAACCCAAUCGAUCUCAUCUUGGGAGCAGAAAUUUUCUUCGACCUGUUCAAGGUUUCUGGUCGAAUUCCGCUUGGCGACAACCUCCCAGUGCUCGUAAACUCCGUUCUUGGCUGGGUAGUGUCGGGAAAGUCUUCUCAUGGUCAACCGAUUGCUCCAAUCGUCGCAAAUAUCACAACCGUCUACGACGUGCACUGUCUAUUGGAAAGGUUUUGGUCCAUCGAGGAAGACAAUGCCUCUCCGUGCUAUUCCAUUGAAGAAGCUGCCUGCGAGGAACACUUCCGUCGCACGGUAACCCGCAACACCGAAGGGCGAUACAUAGUUCGACUGCCGCUGAAGCAAGAUGUGUUGUUUAGCCUCGUUGACAACCGUCGCACCGCUCUACGACGUUUUCACCAGUUAGAAGGUCGUCUAGUCCGUAAUCCCGACCUACAUCAACAAUACCGAGUCUUCGUCGAGGAAUACCACGCGCUAGGGCACAUGCAGCGUUUAACGGACUACGAGAAUCCUCCCACUCCAUGCUACUAUCUUCCGCAUUACGCUGUAGUGCGCGAAGAUAGCACGACGACCAAACUGAGGGUAGUUUUUGACGCGUCGUGUAAAACCCCCAACGGACCAUCGCUGAACGACGCGCUUCUAGUUGGACCAACCGUGCAAGCAGACUUGCGAUCAAUUAUCAUGCGAGCCCGAACACACCCAGUCAUGUUGAUCGCCGACAUCAAGCAGAUGUACCGCCAAGUCCUGGUAGAUGAGCAGGAUACUCCACUGCAGCGAAUUGUUUGGCGAGUUUCCCCCGACACUUCGAUGGAAACCUUUGAACUAAAGAUCGUAACAUACGGCACAGCCAGCGCACCGUACCUUGCAACGAGAGUUCUCCAGCUACUAGCCGACGACGAACGCGACGAGUACCCCGAAGCAGCUGAAGUUCUACGCAAGGAUUUCUACGUCGACGAUCUGUUUUCUGGUGGACGCAACAUAGCAGAAACAACCGCUUUACGCAAGCAGCUCGACGCGCUGUUACUCAAACGCGGUUUCGAACUCCGCAAAUGGGCAUCCAAUGAAGAAGCAGUACUGGAUAGGGUGUUCGGCAAGGGAGAGCUGAAUAGUAACAGCAACUAA